AUGGACGGCGGUGGGAUCAUGGCCUGUGGACGAAGAACUGCUAGGAUGAAAGGCUUGGCGAGGGUGGCUGUGCUCCUGUCGACGGCGAUCUAUGCGGUAGCACAAGAGACGUGCACCAGCGUUACGGUAACCGGUGGUGACUUCCCCGGCGAUUACGAGCUAGGGGAGGGAGACGUGUACGUUGGGACGGACGAUUCAACGCGCGUCCUACAGCCGGUUGUAUUCGCGGAGAGCAGGGCACGAAGGAGCCUGGUGGGCGGUGGGGGCGAUGGGGGCGGCGGCGGCGGCGGCGGCGGCAGGAGGAGAGGCCUCGCGAACGAUUGCGCGUCUCAGAUGUGGAUCCUGGCGGACACCGGGGCGGUCGAGGAGGCAGGAUUCCCCUACUAUUCGACCUUCGACUGCGCGACGCAUCCCGCGAGCGUAGAGAGCACGUGGCUGUACGUUGACUGCGACGAUUGUGCCGAGGUAGCGACGAUUUCCGUCGUGUGCACGUCUUCGGCGGAGGACGCGGAGGACCUCCUGACCAGCGGUGACGGCGGCGAUAGCGGCCUGACCCUUCCCGUUAUCAUCGCCAUCGUCGCGGGAGGACUGAUCCUCCUGUUGUGCCUUGGUUUCUGCGUGGUCCACCGCAAGAAACGGGCCCACAAGGGAAGCCACACCUUUGCGGACGACUCGCAGCACAGCCUGGCCCAGCAGAAGAGGGCCGGGAAGGCGGGGGCCGGCGGCGCCGCGGUUGCGGGCGGUGGAGGCGGCGCUACUGCCGCUGCUGGUGGCAACGGGGCGGUGCCCCUCCCCGCGUACACCGGGGCGGUCGGCGAGACUGUCGAGAGCCCCAUGGCGGCGGGGGGCACCAUGGGUGAAAGCGGCGAUCGUGGCGUGGGCGGCGAUGGGCGCGGCAACGUGCGGGGCGGGGGUGGCGGUAGCGGUCGCAGCGGCGCCGGUCUGCUCGCGAAGGGCUCGAACGCCAAGAGCUUCAAGCCGAACCACGGCGGCGCGAACACUCCGGGGUACGAGGGCAUAUUCGCACCCCGCGGCGGCGGCGCCGCCGCCGGAGGCGCCGCCGGCGGCGGCCAGGGCACCG